ACAGAAACGCCGCGAACAUUUUUGCUUGUAAUUUGCGUGGCAUUGUUGUAAAUUGUAAUUUUCCAUUGUAAUUGUAAUUGAAUUGUAAUGUCGGGCACAACACAGAAAUACAGGAACUUUGUGGCCGAGCCCAUGGGCAACAAGUCUGUCACAGAGUUGGCCGGUAUUGGAGAAACGCUGGGCGGACGCUUGACCGAAGCUGGAUUCGACAAGGCAUACACAGUGCUCGGCCAAUACUUGGUUUUGAAGAAAGAUGAGGAGCUGUUCAAGGACUGGAUGAAGGAUGUGUGCCACGCCAGCUCUAAGCAGGCCUCCGACUGCUACAAUUGUCUCAACGAUUGGUGCGAGGAGUUCUUGUAAGGGACACUUGACAGUCCCUUACACCCGAACACACAUACACAUAUGCUCCGAUCCGAUCAAAAGGGACUCCAAAAAGAAAAAUGCUUGUCCAAACAGUAAAAAUCGAAAUGCAGCAUCUAAUAUAGCGCAAUAAGUAAAUAGUAUGAAUCAGUUCUUUUCAUGUUCAUAUCGAUGUUAGAAUAUAGGUUAAAUAUUUCUAAAGCAAUAACGCAUAAUAAAUGUACAGUCGAAAGGA